AUGCCUUCUGCGAAAAAAGAAUUCACUUUGACGCAUGUCUUCGAAAAUGUGGAAACAGAGGAAUUUGAUUUCUUCACUGACGAAGAGAAGCAUUAUAACGUGUUUUGGAAUCUCAAUCUGUGUCAGUAUAAUGGGAACGUGGAGUUCUAUAUUAUCUCAUCCCUGACGGAUGAUGGUUCUGUUGCUGGUUCUGUUGAUUCUGAUUGGUCGGAGCCAGACGGUGAAGAAUAUUGUGUCGAAACAGAAUUAGAUAUCAAGUUGACAUUCGCCGAUGGAAAAAAGAUUGAAGAAAAGAGAAAAGUUGUAUUCAAAACUGGGGAUGACUCAAUGCAUGAAUUCAUGUGUAUUCCAUGGAGCGAUUUGACAAGAGAGUGUUCAGUUGAUGGGAAAGUAAAAUUAGAAGUUCGUGUCAAAAUACUGAAAGCGACUGGAACGGAAACGAAGAAGUUGAUGAGUUUCGAUGAAGCAAUGAAAGAUUUUUCUGAUGCUGUGCUUGUUGUGAAAAAAGAAAAGUUCUACAUAUCGAAACUGUUUCUCGCUUAUCAAUCUUCGUAUUUCAAAUCGCUUCUUCUCGGUGGUUUCAAGGAAUCGGAAAAAUCGGAAAUAGUACUGAAAGAUAUUGAUCCCGAAGAUUUUCAGAAGUUUCUAGAAGUUCUGUAUGGAGAGGAUGCUGUUGAUGAUGACACUGUUGAAGGAAUCGUCCAUCUUGCGGAUAUGUAUGAUGCUCCUAAAGCUCUCAAAAGAUGCGAGCAGUUUCUAAUGAAAAAAUCGAGAAAAUCAUUGAAGAGCAAGCUGGAAUUGUCUGCAAAGUAUAAUAUGGACGGUGUGAAGAAUAAAUGUCUCGGGGAUAUAAAGACCGUCGCCGAUAUUCAAUCAGUUCUACCUGAAAAUCUCGAAGAGAUGAAUCAUUCUCUCAUGGCAUCGGUUCUGAGAAAAGCUAUGUCUCAUCUUGUACAUUUCACUCCAAUGACCACUAUGUCAACUUUGAAAAAAGAAUUCUCAAUGCCAUGUACCUUCAAAAAGGUGCCGAAUGUGGAAAACAGUAAAAAUUAUUCUUCUUUCAGCAAACAAGAAGACCAUUAUAAUUUUCUGUGGAGACUUUCACUGAAAGAAGCUGACCAAAAGGCUGUUGUGCGCUUGCAUCUAACUGAACCGAAAGAUGCUUCUGAUUUUUCUGUCGAAACAGAAUGCUAUCUUACAGUAUUCGAUGUAGAUGGAAUGAGUGACACUGAGAGAUUCACAUACAAAUUCAAACCAGGAGAUGAUAAUUUUGGAAUGACCUUUUCGUCUUGGAAGAGACUGGCAAGAACUUACUUGAUAAAUGGAGAAAUUGAAGUUGAAGCUCAUGUGAAAAUUCUGAAUAUCUCUAGAUUCGAAAACAAGAAGCUUAAAGUAUUUGAUGAGUCGAUGAAACAGUUCUCGGAUAUUGUAUUGGUGGCCGGAGAGGAGAAGUUCUACGUUUCGAAACUGUUCCUCGCUUCCCAUUCGACUUAUUUCAAUUCUCUUCUUCUCGGAAAAUUCGACGAAUCUAAGAAAUCGGAGGUCAACUUGAAAGAUAUCGACCCGGGCCAUUUUCAAAAAUUUUUGGAAGUUCUUCAUGGAGAAGACGCAAUAAAUGAUUCGACAGUCGAAGGAAUUGUUCGUCUCGCCGAUAUGUAUGAUGCACCGACUGCACACAGAAGAUGCGAGCAGUUUAUGAUGAAAGAAUCCGAGAAAUCGCUGAAGGAGAAACUCGAAUUGUCAGCGAGAUACAAAAUGAUACGUGUCAAGAAUAAAUGUCUCUCCGAAAUUAAAACCGCCAAGGACAUCAAAUCGGUUGUGCCAGAAAACAUUGAUGAAAUGGAUCCAUCUCUGACUGCUGCCAUCUUGAAGAAAGCCAUAUCUCAUCUUAAAUAA